AGCCCCGUCCCCCCCCUCCGCCGAGAGGGAGCCCCCCCUCCCCGGCGGCCAGGGCCCUCGGCCCAUGGGCACGGCGGGUGAUCCCCCGAGGAGGGCGCACACACACACCCGCCGGCCAAAGAAGGGCAGACCCAAACGACACGGCGGCGCGCCGGCGAUCCCGAGGGGCGGCACCAAAGACCGGCCAACAGCGCCUCCACGCUGCUGUUUUUGUCCAUCCCCACUCCCUCGUAAACCAAGAAGCUUCCGCAUUGCCAAGCAGCGUGGCGGGCCAAAAGAAUUGCAAACGAGCAACACAUCAGUGCUUUUCAUAGAAGAGGACAAAGCCAUUUAAAUCGAAAAGAGCGGAAAGCAUUUAAUACAGACUAAUUGGUAUCCCGCAAAACACAGAAUGUCGAGGCACGCCUUACGCAUUCACGUUGAUGAUAUUGGAACGUGGUUUAAUCAGCACCUCGUCGCCACAAAGCUCUUUCCUAAAAUGCCGUUUGCGCCGAUGUUUAUUUUUGUUCCGUGAUAACUAACAUACUGUCAGUUUCCUCCUUCUCCAUUUCAUACUCCACCUUUUCCAACACUCUCUCCUCUGUGCUUGAAUUUCAGAAAAGCUAAACAAGAAGCUCCUUUUUCGAAGCCCACUUGCCUCGCUCGCAAGCAGCGUAACACAUUGGAUUCUCGCGCGCCAGAAAAUAACACCCUUCAGCUAUUUUUCUUUGCUGAUUUUCCAGGUUUACAACAAGAAAACAAUGACCGAGGAACCCGUUCUCGAUACCCGUGUUGUGCUGAAGGGUCCCAACGGCGAGUUCAAGGUGGAUCGCGAUUUGUACAUCAUCGUGCAUUGCGAGGAUGGCAAGUACAUCGAGGUCCCGAAGUCACAGGCGAGCGUCUGUCCGUUCAUCAAACAGGUGGAGGGUGACGAAAUCCCCGAGUUUGAGUACCCAGCGACUGUUCUUGAGCACCUCAUCCGCUGGGCUGCACAUUACGGCGUGGAGGGCAAAGCUGCUAGCGAACUCACUCGUCCUUGCAUUUACCGCGACUUCUCCUACGUUGUCACGGAGAAGUGGGAUAAUGAUUUUUUCAACCAGCGCCUGUGCUCUCCCUUGCACCAGAAGCAUUACCUGCUCACCAUGACUGCUGCCGAGAAGUUUGGCGUGCAGGGCCUCCUCGACUUCAUGAGUAUCGGCCUUGGCUGCAAGCUUCGCGGUAAGGAUGAUGCCAGCAUCAUUCACGACGUCAUGGGUCUGGACAAGGAAGUGGAGGUGACGGAUGCGGAUCUCGCGGAUGUCUCGAAGGAGUACUCGUGGUUUGACGAUGCUGUUCGCCCCACCACGAAGAAGUAA